UGGCAAUGAUGCACCAGUCUGGCGCAACUGCCAAUAAAACAUAACAAGACGAGGAAAUGUAUUAGUCGUUCUAGAAGUACAUCCGGGUUAAUGUAGUAAACAUGGCCGAGUGUACGGAGGACAGGGAUACAGACAGCUUUGAUGUCAUGGACUUGGCAGAGUAUGCUAAGAGACAACGAUGGUGGAACAGAGUCUUUGGAAAUAACUCCGGACCUAUUGCUGAGAAGCGUUCAGUGGCCACACAGCUUGCAAUUGGUGGAGUUACUGGCUGGUGUGCUGGGUUCAUGUUUAAGAAAGUUGGAAAGCUGGCUGCCUCUGCAGUGGGUGGCGGCUUCUUUCUCCUCCAGAUGGCUAAUCACACAGGGUACAUCACAGUGGACUGGAAGAGAGUGGAGCAGGAUGUGAACAAGGCCAAGAAGCAGCUGAAGCUGAAUGCUGAGAGGCCCCCAGCGGAAGUGCGGACUAAAGUAGAUGAGGUGUCAAUAUUUGUGAAGAAGAACAUCAUUCUAACUGGAGGCUUUGCUGGAGGAUUUCUGCUUGGACUGGCAUCCUAGAAUUUUAAUUUAUUUUUUCCAAAGCCGAACACAUCUUCUAUUUUGAGGUACUUUUGAUGUUAAGGCUGAAUAAUUAUGAAAUGAAACUAUAUUUACACAUUCUGAACAAAAUUAAAGUUGCAUCAAUGCACUGAAACUGAGUUGCUGAGUUGAUGUAGCCUGAAAUGUUGUCCAUGAUGUAUUUCUUCUCUUCAAAAUGUAGUAUGUAUCCAAGGCCCUUUGUUUUCAAACCCAGCCCUUGCCCAGUAGGAAGUGUUUCUACUCCUUUACUAGCUGAAUUACAGUUUGGUGCAGAUUUCAAUUUGCAUUGAUAUUGAUUUCAUAUUAAAGGCAAAUGGAAUUACUUCCAAUGAGCAGAUUUUAUCUCAAACUCUCUUUGACUCAGCAUGCCUUCCCCCUCACUUCCAUUCCAUUUCCAAAAGCACAUAUUGAUCCUCUUAGCGAAAUGUCCACGGUGGGAUGGGUCUGUUGACCUUCAGAUGUUUUAUAUUUAUUUUUUAACUUUUUACCGGGAUGCAUCUCAAUGAUCCAUAUCAUUAUAAAUAAACCAAUAUCAAAAUGUUUAUUUAUGUAUUAGUUUGUAGUAAAAGUCUUGCCUGUUACGGGUUUUAAAACUUCUUUGCUAUUCUGAUUCGGUCUGUUCCAAGUUUUGGAAAUACACUUCUUCUGUCUGCUUUGGUUGAUCAUCUAAAAGUCCAUGUAAUCUAAAUAGGAAACGCAUUACUGUUGCAAGUCAGAGUUACAGGGCAGGUGCAAAUGAGAAUAGUGAAGUAUAUGGUGUAAGGGUGAAGAAUACUGAAAACAAAAGGCCUUGGCUAUAGUUAAUCCUUUGUACACAUUUUGAGAACUGCUUUAUCUAAAAUAGAUAGUUGCACUGCUGUUGUUAUACAUCAAGUAUGGUUUCACUCCAUUCUGUUAAGGACUUAAAUCAUAAAUGUAAGCAAAUGUGAAGUUUAUUGUCUGUAUAAAUAAAGCGACAUUAAGUUAGGUUGCACUUUGCACUUGAAACAUUACACAACUUCUAAAAUAGCACUGCUAGCAAGAAUUUUAUGUAACCACAGGAUGGGCCAGUAGCAUGCUUAGCAUGCUUGCACACAGUGCACAGAGCCACUUCAGUUUACAGCAGUGUACAGACCAGCAUGCAUGUCUUUACCUGGAUACAAGUCGCAUAUCUUACCAGAGAUCAUUAACAGUGAAUGUUGUGUGAAACUGCACCCCUGCUUUUAUCUACCAAAAAGUGAGGUUUUGUCUUCUGUUUUCUCUGAAUUCCUAUUGUCUCUGUCUCUUUCCACACUGCAAUUGUGGGAUAUUAGGCCUAUUUCACUGAUAGCUGAGUGCUGCUCAUGGUCCUACACUAGUGGUAUUUUAAACGUUGGGCCUAUGUGAAAUCAUUCUGCAUUUGAAAAGGGUAAAUUUAUUUUACUUAAGGGUAAUGGUGUUUGCAAGGAUUUUGUAAUUCUAAUGUGCUCAAUAUAAUAUUAAAGGCAUGGUAGAAUGCAGAAUUUUAAUAAUACGGUACAUUAUAAAACCAUCAGAACCACAAUCAGACAUGGUGGAAAUAAUUAUCUCUUCAAAAUUCAAUAGGACACAAACAUGUACUAACAGGACUACAGCUAGCUACAGAAGAGUUCACAAUGAGUAUAAUUGUAAUGAUCUGAAUAUUACUUAAUGUCUCAAAUGAAAGAUACCUUUCUGUACAGUGGUAUACAUAUUCACCCUGUGCAGUUCUUUGUUUUUAUUUUGGAAUGUUUGGAACAUAAAAUGAUGGUGUAUAUCGAAGUGAUUUUGGUUUGGUUGCUGUUUGUAAGAUAAGUGCAUAACAGAACAGGCGGUGCCUAGGUGUCUGUGAUGCUUUGAUUUGUAUUCUCCUGGAAGUACAAGUGGGUUUAGGGAAGUUUAUUUGCAAAUCUGAUGUGACCGAGAUAAUGACUUUAUGCUGUACGGUUUAAUCUCAUAUUUUAUCAAAUUCUCAAUCUGAAAAUAUGAUGCUUCUUAAAAUGUAGAAAUAUUUUCAUAUUAUUGAGUUUUUAAAAAAAUGAAAAUUGGUUAAUCUGUUCCUGUAUCAGUGCCUGUAUCUGCAUUUAAAACACUACUUAUCUGUUCCUUGUAGUGAAUUUGCCUUGUCUACCACUUUUUUUUUUCCUCCCAAAGAAAAAGGAAAAACCAGAGUGCCUAUGGUAUGAUUGGGGUCAAAGAAGCAUUCCCUGUAAACAUGACCCAGCUGGCCCAGAAUUGUUCUUAUGCAGGUUCUAUCAGUGGGCCAAGGUUUGCCCAUCAGCAAUCCAAAUGGCCAAGAGGAAUACUCCAUUGUUGACCACCAGCAGUGACCUAGCAAAAACAUUCAAGUUGGCCUUGCUUGCUGUAUAUUGGGCAGUUCUAAUGUUGCUGUGUCUGGCUAAAAUUAGCUGCUGAUAUACACAGUUUACUCAUAAUAUUAGUCAGAAUCAACUAUGGGCCAGUGCUUGCUACUAGUUGAUAUAGAAUCAAAUGCAUUCUGGAUGCAAUAAAAUUGUUUGGGGACCUCCAAAAUGUAAGAUUUGAUGCUGGCAGGUAUAAUAUGUCUGAGAAAUGUAGUGUGGCAUUCCUGGACUAACAUUGGCUGCUGAGAAGUGAUAGUUGGCUGAUUGUAUCACCACUGACUUGGGCCAAUCAGGUCACGUUUACAGGGCUGAUACAGCUGGUUACGCAGUAAAAGUUUCCUUUAAAUCCAUUCUACAUAUUAACCCCAACUCCAUCCUUUGCCUAUUGUCACAUUACAACAACAACAAAAAAGUCAGUAAUUAUAAAACUUUUUUUAUGGGAGAACCGUCUGAUUUAAAAAGAUGAUUGUGAAUGAAUUAUUUACGUAUAUGAUUUUGAACAUAUCAUAUUACCUGCACCUUCUCCAGUUGAUGACACUGGCUUACUGCCAGCCAGAUAUUUUAAAAAAAAUUAUAAUACCGUACUUGAAUGGGAAGCUGCAUACCCUGUUAAAAAGCUGCAUUUGACAGAAAGUACAAGCUUUUCAUGUGUAAUAUUGCAUGCAGUUUUAAUGUACCUGGAUGCAUAUCAUGAAGCAUCUGGUCUAUCUUGCCAGGUGUCCUUUAAAUAGAGAAAAUGAGAAUUGCAGGGAAGUAGUCUAACAGCUACAAACAUAAUGGAUCACAGUAAAUUGGAGAAAAGGGUAUGUUUAUGGAUUUAAAAAAUGCUACACAGCUAUGGUAUUGUGCCAAACUUGAGUUUGAGCUGUUACUUAUUGAGGCUUAAAAAUUAUUUAAUUCAUUUCUGUUCAGAGAAAUCCCUGUAUACCUAAAUGUUGUGGAUGUUGUAUUUAAUUUGCAAGUGGUGGAUUUGUUAAAUUGAAUGUGUUUUAAUGUUUCACUUUGAGGAAAUAAAGCAGAUGAACACUAA